AUGAUAAAAACAUAUUUUAUAUUAUUAAAAAUUAUAUUGAUAUUUAAUAGUUUUAUAAAAUGUUAUAAAAAAUGUAUUCCACAAUUUCUUACUAGUAGAAUUGAAGAUAAUAGGAUAGGAACUUAUGAAAUAAAAUCUAAAGCAUUAAAAAAAUUGUAUGAAAGAAAAAUAAUUCAUUACGUUAGUGAUAUAAAAAGUAUUGAUGAAAUAUUAUAUAAAAAUGAAAAUGAAGAAGAGAGAAAAAAUAGAAAAUCUGUAUAUGUAGGAAUAGAUUUAAAUUGUAAAUACUUACAUUUGGGAAAUUUAAUACCAUUAAUUACAUUAGAUAUUUUAAGAAAUUACAACACAGAUAUAAUAAUUUUACUAGGUAGUAGUACAACAAAAAUAGGAGAUCCAUCUUUUCAAAAUACCAAAAGAAAAAAAACAGUAGAUGAGGAAAUAUGUGAGAAUGAAAAAAACAUAAGAACUAAUAUAAUUAAUUUAUUCCUUCAAAAUGAAUUGAGUGAAAAACAUUUAAAUGAAAUUAUUGAAAAAAGCAAUAUAUUAUCUAAUAAAGAAUUUAUUUAUGAAUCAAAAAAAAAAGGAUCUUUGAUUAUUCUAAAAAAUAAUUUUUGGUAUGAUAACAUAAAUAUUAUUGAUUUUUUAAAAUAUGGAGAGUAUUUUUCUGUUAAUAAAUUAUUAAGAAAAGAAUGUCUUUCAAGCAAGCUUAAAAAAAAUCUAACAUUAAAAGAUUUAAACUACAUAACAUUGCAAUCUUUUGAUUUCUUAUAUUUAUUUCAAAAUUUUCAAACUUUUAUUCAAAUAGGAGGUUCUGAUCAGUGGGGUAACAUACAAUCAGGAAUUGAACUUUGUCAAAAUAUUUUUAAAACGCAAUUAUAUGGUUUUACCACAAAUUUGCUUUUGCAUAAAAAUAAUGUUAAAUAUAGUAAAUCAUUAUUUAAUGAGAAUAGAAAAUUACCUAUAUGGAUAGAUAUACAUUAUAACCCUCCUUAUUUAUUUUGGAAUUUUUUAAGAAAUAUAGAAGAUCAAAAAGUUCAGUCAUAUAUUGAUAUGCUAACAGAUAUAAAUAUUGACAUAAAUGAGAAAAUAAGUAAUUAUUCAGAUAGCAAUUAUAGGGAGAAAAAUGAAAAUGAAAAAAUAGAUAAUACAACUAUUAAUAAAAACACUAUAAAUUUGGAAAAGAUCUAUGAAGAAGAAAUUAACAAAGCAAAGAAAAAACUUUCUGAUAGUGUAACAUCAUAUAUAUAUGGAAAGGAAGUUGUGAAAAAAAUUCAUAAAAUGAAUAAAAUGAUUAAAGAUGAACAAACAUAUGAAAUUGAAAAUAUAGAAGAUUUAAAAAUUUUUCCAUUCCUUGAAAUUAGUAAGGAUGAUUUAAAUGAAAAAAAAAUAGACAUUUUACAAAUAUUAAAAAAAUUUGAAAUAGCGGAAACAAACAAAGAAGCAAAAGAAAAAAUAAACCAAAAAUGUAUAUAUUUAAAUAAAGACCUUAUAACUAAUCCUAAACUUCAAUUAAGUAUCAGUAACUUCUUACAGAUACAUAAUAACUAUUAUGCAAUUUUGAGAUUAGGAAAAAAAACAUUUUAUUCUAUCAUAGUGAAAUAA